GCACCGCCCUCCGGCCAAUGGGAGCGCGGGGCGCCGGCCUCACGCACGGACACGUGCGUGCGUGUGUCCGUGCGUGCGUGCGUGCGCAUUUCAUCGAAGUCGCUGCGAGAGCCGCCGCGGAAGGGAGAACCGAGCCGCGUCGCGCCGCACGUGCGGGCUAUAGGGAAUAAUAACAACAACAAUAACAACAACAACAAACACCACGGUUGAGUCGUCCCCGGGUUGAACGAGAGGCGCCGGAGCCUCCACCCGGGGCCUCAUGGCUGAGCGUGGCGCGCACCUCGCCUCGUCCGCCACGGCCCUCGACGGGGCCCCCUCCGUGUUCGAGGCCCUCGCCCAGGACGGGCUCGUGUCGGCAGUGAGGCCCGCGCUGGGGCACGCGUGCAAGGUGCUAGCCGAGUCCAGCCCGGCGCUCUUCGGUCAAGCGUGGCGCCGCUUCGACGAGCUCUAUCUGCUGCUGGACUUCCUGCUGCAGCGCCACAGCCUGCUGCGCCACUCCGCCUCCUUCUCGGAGAACUUCUACGACCUCAAGCGAGUCCCCGAGCGCCCGGGGACACCGGCCGGCUCGCGCCUGCCGCGCCGCGAGUUCUUCCUGUCGCUGGCGCUGCUGGUGGCAGCGCCGUACCUGCGGCGGAAGGUGGAGCAGAUGGUGGCGAGGAUCCGAGAGGAGAUGGACUGCGGAAUUCACCUGCCGGACUCGCGCAGCGUCAAGCUGUACCGCGCCUUCCUGGCCACCUACCCGUUCGUGCACAUGACCUGGGAGGGCGUGUGCCUCUGGCACCAGCUGAGCUACGCGCUGGGGCGCGGCCGCCACCACUCGCCGCUGCUUCGCUUCGCGGGCGUGCGUCUCGUCUGCCGCUUGCCCCUCGACGGCGCCGGCCCCGAGGAGGGACCGCGGGUGCUGCCGCGACAUCACGGGUCCGCGGUGUCCUCGGGGUGCUGGGGUCGCUGGCGUCGCACGCCGCCGUCAACAUCUCGGCCGCAUUCUCCGUCGCCGUCUUCUUCCUGCAGUUCCUCGAGAGUUUCUACGCGCUCCGCGACGUGGGGUCGAGUCUCCUGGGCGGCGGCGGCGGCGGCGGCGCAUCGUCGCUCCUGUUGCCCGACCUUCCGACGCCACCGCCGCCCAUUCACCUGCACGCAGAUGCGGAGCUGGGGGAUGGGCCGGCCGUGCCGCCCGGCGUGUGUCCCCUGUGCCGACGGCGCCGCACCAACGACACGGCGCUGGCGACGUCAGGCGUGGUGCUGUGCUACCCGUGCGCGUACGGCUACGUGCGCGAGCGCGGCCGCUGCCCCGUCACGGGCUACCCGACCAGGGCGCAGCACCUCGUGCGCCUCUACCCGCCCGAGCACUCGAGCAGCAGUUGCCGCAGAUCCUCGCGCACACGCAGCCCCGACAGCUUCCUCUCGAGCCCGUGAAAGUCGGCGCUCUCCAACAGCCGUUCCUGCUCCUCCUCCCCGUCGCAGCCCUGCCCUGCGUGGGGCAGGCCCCGUCUUCCCCGCUGCUGCCCUCCCCGCUGCUGCCCUCCUGCCGAAGCUGCCCGCCGCUCCUUGUCCACGAGCUGCUCCUCCUCCGAGCCGCGUUCUCUCCGCCCGAGUUCGUCGCCUCCGGGUGGCGACCGCUCCGGGUUUUCAGAACGGACGCCGCCGCUGGACGCGAAGUUGCGUUGGGGUUAGGGGUCAACGUAGGCCAGGAUAUUUACAACUAUAUAUUUUUACCGGGCGACGUGAUAAGGCCGGCGAGUGCUGACGUCGCGUGGAGGAAUCGUGAUGUCACGCUAAAUGAGAUAUAGUGUUUCUAUUUCAUCUCAAUUUCUAUUUCUCUGGCCUACUUUAAGGUUAGUGUUCAGGGUUAGGAUUAGUAUUCGGUUUAGACAAUAGGGUUAGAGUUAGUAUUAGUCUAGUAAUUGUGGUUAGACAUCCGUUUAAAAUAUUAAAUAUGAUUUGGUUUAGUGUUGGGGGUCAUAGUUUGAGGGUUAGAGUCAGGGUUUCAGGUCACCGGAUUAAUGUCAGGGUUUGAGGGUUGGGUGCAGGCAUCAAGGUUACGAGUUUAGGGGUAUGAUCACGGGCAAAUGUCAAAAGCUCAGGGUUAGCGUCAUGGUUUGAGGUCACGGGAUCCUCACCGGCCACGGCGGCCCAGGAUGACGCACAUGGCGAUGAAGAGCGGCAGAUCGACGCUUUGGUCCUCAUCGCGCAGUCCCAGCAGCGAGACGAGGUGAGCGAGAAGGAGAGACCUGGGGCUGCACAGUAGGCGUGCAGCCUCCUCCGCCUCCUGUACCACGAGCCAGGAUCAUCCACCUCAAUGUGAUCGUCAUCAUCAUCACCAUCAAAGACACUGUCUCCAUAAACAUCAGAAAUAUCGCAAUGAUCAAUGUCUCCAUAAUCAUGAUUUGCAUCACCAAUAUGGCCAUUGACAUUCUCAUUACCAUGUAGUACAACAUUACCGUUGUCAUUGUCUUCGUGAUUAUAGUCAUAAUUUCAUCAUCUUUAUCGGUGCCAUGGUGAUAGUAAUCAGUGUCGUUAUGAUAUCUGCUGCAACUCGUCAUUAAUCUCUUGGUGAUGGAAAUUCCGACCGUGUUUUCAACUGGUGUUUGUGAUGAGCCGGUGACUCCUCUACGAAUAGAGCCCUCAUCAUCAUUGCUGGAUUCAGCGAACACCACAAUAAAUCUAGAAUCACCACAAUUAUAGAAGUGAAAAUC